GCAUUAAGAAAACUAAAUUGCAGUCCAUGGGCAUGGGCACCUCUUUGUUAAUUUCUUUUAAACUUGUGCUUUUAAUUUCAAACAUCUUGUCCUCACGGGCAUUCGAUUUGAGCAGUGAUGAAGAUGCUCUACUCGCUUUCAAAAAUGCCAUCACUGUAGACACAAACGGUGUGUUGAGCAAGAGCUGGGUGAGCAACAGUAGUAGUUCCGUGUGUGAGUGGGCGGGCGUGUCGUGCGGCGCCAAACACCGGAGGGUCACAGCCCUCAAUCUCUCUGGGCUGGCGCUCUGGGGAAACCUCGCUCCGCAUCUCGGAAACCUAACGUUUCUCCGCUCCUUGGACGUCAGCUCCAACAAUUUCUCGGGCACCUUACCCACUCAGCUCUCUAAACUGCGGCGUUUGAAGGGAAUAAACGCGGCGUUUAACAACCUCAGUGGAGAGAUACCGACAGCUAUCUUUACAAACAUGUCUGCAUUGGAAGAGAUUGAUCUCAGAUCUAACAAGCUAUCAGGCCAGCUCCCAAGUGAUAUAUGCAGUAUUGAUUCUCCCAAACUGAAGAGAUUGUUUCUCAGAGAGAAUCAAAUUCAUGGGAAUAUUCCGACCAGAGUAUACCAAUGCACAGAGCUGGAGGAGCUGAGCUUGUCGAUCAACCAGUUCAGUGGCGGCAUACCAACUCAAAUUGGGAAUUUGAGCAUGCUUACGCUUUUAUCUCUAUAUCAAAACCAUCUCCAAGGAAAUAUUCCGCCUUCUAUCUUCAACAUUUCCUCGUUGGAAUCCAUGUACCUCUUCAGCAACAAUCUCUCUGGAAGCAUCCCCACCAAUUUGGACAGUUUACCCAACCUCCAAGAGUUGCAUCUGUACAGCAACAACUUAGCAGGUGCCUUCAACAACUUGGACUAUAUAUCUAUUUACUCCUUCAGAAUUUCGUGAUAUUAAACAUUCCAUUUUAUCUCACUUCUUUGUUAUAAUAAGUUGGGAUGUCAAUCCAGCCGGAAAUCUGUGUGGGCCGGUCCGAUUAACCCGAAAUCCUAUAGGACUGACCCGAA